AUGGCGACACUCCCUCCCCUCUCCGCAGCCUACCAAAAGGGCCUCGACCUCAUCGACGAAGCCCACGCCGGCGACCCCAAAGCCUCGGAGACGACGCCGCCGAUCCCCUACGAACUGCACUACGCGCGCAAGAUGACGCGGUGGCUCGCGGCGCGGCACCCCGCGGCCGGCCCGGCGCUGCAGCUGGCGUGCCGCGCGCAGCACUUUCGGCGCUGGGAGAUCCCGCGGUCGGCGUACCCGAUGACGCGGCCGGGCUACCUCACGUGGCGGGCCAAGCUCAAGUCGCAGGCGGCGGCGCAGGUGGCGGCGCUGCUGACGGCCGAGACGGACGUGCCGCCGGCCGACGUGGCGCGCGUCGCGGCGCUCAUCAGGAAGGAGAACCUCGCGGCCGACGAGGAGACGCAGGUGCUCGAGGACGUCGCCUGUCUCGUGUUCCUCGACGACCAGUUCGACGGCUUUGAGAGCAAGGAGGAGAUUGACGAGCCCAAGAUUAUCGGCAUCCUGCAGAAGACGUGGGCCAAGAUGAGCGAGCCGGGCCGGGCGCUGGCGUUGAAGAUGGAUCUCAGCGAGAGGGCUACGGCCUUGAUCACCAAGGCCUUGGCUGGGUGA